AUGGCCGCGAUCCACGACCGAUAUACUGUGCUCCCGUCCCAAAGGCUACGACGGCCGGGAGCACUGCUACGAACCGUGCUGAGACACAGAGAUUACGCGGGAGACCGACAUCCACACGACAGGAUCCAGGUCACUGGACAGACUGCUGGACAGGUCACUGGACAGGUGCUGCUGCCCACCAUUGCCGACCACGAAUACCACCUUAGCCCCAGCGGAGCCAUCGGCACAGAGAGCGCAGCAGCGCUGCAAAUACAGGGGCCCCCUACCGCUGCAGCGCCGGCGGCAGCACCUGCAGCAGCACUUACAGCGCCCACAGGGGCCCCGUCCCCCUCUAUCCCCGCUGGCUUCGCUCCCGGGCCCCCCAUCUUACCGCCCGCGCCGCUGCGGCCAAGCCCCAACUUCUCUCCCCUCUCCAUCCGCCACGCUCGCAGCACAUCUUCUCCUCUUCCUCUACACGCCGCUCCUCCUCCUGCCUCUGCCUCCACGCCAGCCUCAGCGCCCGAGAAGCGACGAGCGCGCCUCUCGUCUCCCAUCGCCACGAUGCCCGAGUAUCGCCAUAUGCGGAGCGGCAGCCUCAGCAUUCCCAACGGCGCCCACGGCAGCAGCCAUCACCACAGCAUGCCGCGCAGCCCGCCCAACACAUCGCACGUCCCGUGCAAGUUUUUCCGCCAAGGAGCCUGCCAGGCCGGCAAUGCCUGUCCCUUUAGCCAUGAUCUCGGCAGCGCUUCAGAGAACAUUUGCAAGUAUUUCGCAAAGGGUAACUGCAAGUUUGGCCCCAAAUGCGCAAACAUCCACGUCCUCCCCGACGGUCGCCGAAUCAACUACGGUAAGAAUGGCGUUACAAUCGGUGCAAAUCCCCUCAAUCUUGCCAAUCGCGCGGGCGGCACCAGUCCCGGCUCACAGACCCCCGGCACUGUCGCUGGGCCAUUCACCCAUUCUACCGCCAGUGCCUUGACCAACUCUCUGUAUCGUGCCGACCAGCCCGCAUAUCCUUAUCUCAGCGAUGAGAUGCAGCAAUUCGGCCUGUCCAGCAGCCACCAUGACAGCGGCCUCCCGACCAUUGAUGCGCCCUACUCCGUCACCGACUCCAACUACGGCUCUCCACCGGAUGAUGAAUCCUCCCGCCUAGGAUUUGGUCUAUCGCCUGCUGCAAAGGGCUUAUCUGUCCUCGAUGCCCCAUUACCCGCCUCUUUCGACUCCAACGGCAUUUCUAAUGCCGCCCGCUUCCCUGCUGCGCCCUGGCCUUCAUCCGUGCCCUCAAAGUUUGGUCUCGAAUCGCCGUCCCCAUCGCUCAGCAGCAUCAAGGAUCAGCGCACGUCCGAGACGCUCAAGCUGCUCCACUCCUCCGCCUUUGGAUCUUCUGAACAUCUCAUUACCCCCACCGCCAGCAGCCCGCCAGACUCGCAUCAUCUGACUGGCGAAGAGUACUUCGGGAAGCGAAUUAUGCACUCCACCCGAUACCCCAAGCAGCCACGAAUGCUCAGCGCUAGCAUGCCCAAGAACAUGGUUGACCGAGACUGGGAGGCCGAGUUUGCCUUUGGCGACGAUGAUAACGUGCCAGAAAACCUCGUUCCCGGUGACCUGCAGGACCUAUUGACUCCGGCAGAGAAGGCCCGGAGAGGUUCGAUGCGAGAUGAGCGGCCAGACUUUAGCCUCAGCAGUCUUGGCAAAUAUGGCAGCCCGAUUGGCUCCAGCCCGAGUCGAUGGGGACCCCUGUUCCAACGUCAGAAGGAAGAGGAGGAGAUGACAAGAUCGGCCCGAAGCGCUGCCGGAUCGGCUUUCGGCCACGUUGGCAGUCCCCUGCGGAAUUCGAUCCUUGCAAAGGAAAUGUCCGACAACAAUGGUAUAAGCCGACCAUCUAUUACUCGGCCAGUAGGUGGAAGCGAGAGCAUGUCUGUUCUGUCGCAGCAGCUACAACGGAGCCGACUUGAUGAUACGUUGAAUGGCUCAAGCCCGCUUUUGCACCCGACAGCCGGCCGCAGCGCGGGCAAUGGCAUCUCGCCCAUUGGCAAGGACCGCGGCCUGGAGCGUCACGUUUCUAGUGCCAGUAUCGGGUCGUCUGGCAGAUUCACAACACCAAUUGACGAAGAGGACUCUGCAUUCGUAUUCAGCAUGGAAGAGGAAGAAGAUCCUUCUUCAUCAAAGGCUCGCAAGCGUGGCUCUUCUGGCUUGGCUCUAGGGAGCUUUACUUCCUACGCCAGUGCCGCCGCUGCCAGUAAAGGAGCGGCAUCUUCUAAUGGUGCAAAGGACGGACGAGAUGCCGUACCAGUCAACGGGAGGUAA